AUGGCGGAAAAGUUUGACAACCUGGAAGAGCAUCUGGAGAAAUUUAUCGAGAAUAUUCGUCAGCUUGGUAUCAUUGUGAGUGACUUCCAGCCGAGCAGCCAAGCCGGUCUCAACCAAAAGCUGAAUUUUAUGAUUUCUGGACUUCAAGAUAUAGAGAAAUGUCGUUUGCAGUUGAAUGAGAUCAAUGUCCCGCUGGAGGUUUUUGAAUAUAUUGACCAAGGCCGAAAUCCGCAACUGUAUACUAAAGAGUGUUUGGAGAGAGCAUUGGCCAGAAAUGAGCAGGUCAAAGGGAAGAUUGACACUAUGACGAAAUUCAAGAGCCUUUUAAUUUCGGAGCUCAGUAAAGUGUUUCCUGAAGACAUGGCCAAAUACAAGGCAAUGCGUGCUGAAGACCCUCCAUCCUAG